CUAUCGACUCCAGACGCUCCCGGCAGAGGCGCGGAGAUUGGAGAGAGCACAGCCGGGAGCCCAGGGACAGAGAGCGGGCGGGCGAGCACUGGGAGGCGGCCCGGGCACCUCUGACGCCUGCCUCUCUCCUCUCGGCUUCCUGCCAUCGCUCUGCCGCCCCUCCGCUCCCCGCCCCUCCCGCCCCGGCCACUCGCUCUUUUGCCCGGCCAGUGCCAGCCGCCCCCGCGAGCGUCUCUGGGUGCUGCCCCCUGGCACCUGGCACCCCUCUCCGGGCCAGCCAAGUUCUUCCUGGCAGCCGGAGCGGCCCAACUUGCCGGGCUUCCAGGCUCGCUCCCCCCCCCGGGGGGCCCCCCUCUGGCAGCAGCCAAGAUGACCCCGUGGCGCCUCGGCCUUUGGUGCGUGUCCUGCUGGCUGGCUGCACUGUGGCCGCCGCGCUCCUGCCUGCAGCUGCGGAAGGGCAUGCCCAAUGUGUGUGAGGAAGAUAUUCUGGGUAUGAUUGGCCUUCCUCAGCCCUGUGUCCAGCCCUUCACUCGGACUGUAAAGCUAUGGAAGCAAGGUUGUACUGGACCAAGAUGGUGCAUGGAGUAUGUAAGAAGGACUGGCUACUACACUGUCUACAGACAGGUAUACAGCCUACGGCAUCAGACAAUCUAUAGGUGUUGUCCUGGCUGGAGCCAGCGUCAAGAUGAACCUGGAUGUCUGCAAGCCCUCUGCUCAGCAGGCCCUUGCUUCAAUGGAGGCCAGUGUCCAGAUGGAGAAGCCCAGGUGUGCCAGUGUUCGGUGGGGUUUCAGGGACCUCGGUGCCAAUAUGGUGAGUGGACAAUGGCAGCAUUGUUUACGCUCAAGACGCGGCCCAUGUUGGCUUUACGGAAAGUGACAGAUUUUGUUGAUUCAGGCAGAUGACAAGGGUCAUCUCUCUGGGAAGUGUGGAACACUUGAUAUUAGCCAGUCGAACAAAAACCCAGCAUGAAUAAUGGAACCAGUAGUGCAGAAUGUACUUUACAGUGUGGCUUUAAUUAUUCACUAUCACAGUUCAGAGGGCCCCAGUAAAUAUCCCAUAAUUUGUUUUGUAAAGGAAAUCCCAUUUUAGUAAUCAGGAGCUCUCCUUCUGACCUCCAGUCUAAUGUCUGAUUGAGAUUGCUGGUCUCUCCUUGACUGAGGGAGCUGUCUGUCUGAUCUAAGAAGAGUAAAAUAAAAAAAGCAACAGAAUUCUCUGGCGAUUCCUCAUACUCACUCUCCUUCCAGGACUCCCCUGAUGAAACUUUCAUUUUUCACACCUCCGAGAAACUGGUUCUCUUUCUUUUCAAGGGCAGAACUUGACUGGUUGGCAGUUUCUGGGCACAUGCAUUUAAAACAUCGCUCACACAAGAAAGUUCCAGGACUCAUUUUAUAAGACAGAAUGAGUUCUCUUCCUUGGUCUUGCCUGAGAUGGGUGUGCUUGGAAAGGAUUUGUUGUGACUUGAUCAUCUAAUGCUACAUCUCCAGAGAACUUCAGUGCUUUAAUGCAUCAUUUUUUGAAGGAGAAAAACUAGGUUAGAAAAGGAGAGACUGAUUGUGUGAAAGCAAAGCCAUAUAUUUCUUGAAAUUUGCCCUUGUGCCCCGCUCAUCUUCCAUUCGUUGUGUGCUCCUCUCUAUCCCACUUCCCUUCUUUCUUGAUUUGAUAUUCCCUUCCCUGCUGGCCCAUGGACCUCCCCAAUGCCCCGUGUAUCUCCCUGCACUGUUCUUCCUUUUCUAUAAAUGGCAGAAAUGAGGAAGUUCAAUCUGAAGGCUGAUGAGAGUUCAUCACUCAAGUUCAUUGAUUUCCUUGGCUCUUGGCAGAAGGUUAAGCCUUACAUUUUCAUGUGUCACCUCAGAGUUGCUUUUUCCCUUACAUUAAGUUUGGUGCAGUAAUCAUGGCCGAUAGCUUAUUGGGUGAGGGGGGAGAGAGUGCAAAAUAACAUGUGAUAGGUGUUUCCUAAAUGUUGAAAAUACUCUGGAAGUAUGAGCAAAUCUAGUGAUAAUAUUUUUAUUACUUUUAUUUAUUUGUUUGUUUAGCUUCCUGUGCAAUAAGUGUCUAAAGAACAUUAAAUAUACAAGAGUAAUAGCAUAAUACUGACUUGUCCAAGAAUCAUUUUUAUUUGGACUUU